AGAGAGAGUCAUGUGACCCGAAACGAGAUUCAAAAUGGCGGCACCCAAGGAAAACGUGGACGCUAAAAUGUCAGCAGACGAAAAAGAAGUAUAUUGUCAAAUUGAAGCAACUGUACCAACUGGAUUUGAGGUUACAGCGAAGCUUGAAGCUCUUGAUGUAUUUAAGACUGAAGCGAAAGCCGCAAGAGGUCACAUCGUCAUCAAAGUUCCGAUAAAGGAUGUCAAAAAGGUGCUGGAGCUUGGAUGUGUGGACAACUGUUUUGUCGUCAUGACCGAGAUCAAGAAAUUUCAAUUUGCUGAUGAUGAAAUGAAAUGUAUGUCACAACUGCGAAACCUUGUUCCAGAUUUAGAUUGGGACCUGGGACUACAGGCGUGGAAUAAGGUGUAUGACUUCCCCCACUCCAUCGCUUCCCGCCCUUCCGUCAUACCAGCUGACCUUGGAGAACCAAUCAGCACUAAGGAUAUCUUCAGACCAAAGAAACAACCAAAAGUACGCAAUGCCAAAGACUCUAAUAAAAGGCUCUGGACCACAAGGUACAAGGAUAGAAAGAAAAACAAACGGGACAAUAUCUCAACAGAAGAAACGGAAAAUGUGAAGAAAGGGGACUGCCAAGUUGAUUCACCAUCACAAGAGAGUCGAGGCGACAACCAAUCAGAUGCAGGAACUUUGUCAUGUGAUAUAGAUGCCGGUGUCACAGAUAAAGCCUCCUCAGAAGGAAAGGCUUCUGGUGACAUCGACAAAAUUUCAGCAGAUUCAUCAGCUACAGAAAAAAAGAUAGGGGAUGAAUCUCAGGCGGAAGAAGGACCGUCCAAAAAGCAGAAAGUUAAAAUCACUUCCUGGGACCCAAACAUGCCAGCAUUCCGCGUGACCUGUAAGCGAGCAGGAACAAAUCACAAGUUUGACUCCAUGUGUGCCGCUUCUAAUUUUGGGGCGGCCAUCAACAACUACUUCAACUGGAAUGUAGACAUGGUAAAAUUUGACAUUGAGGUGGUGUUGAAUAUCAGUGAGAAUGACAUUCGUGUGUGUUUGGCCCUCACCAAAGGUAGCUUACACAAGAGGAACAUCGUCUCCUUUGGUCCCACCACCCUUAGGGCCACUAUUGCAUACAGCAUGCUAAGAUUAUGUGAAAUCAAGCCUGGAGAUGUUGUCUGUGAUCCAAUGUGUGGUACUGGAAGUAUCCCUAUAGAGAUGGCACAACAUUGGAAAACAAACUUUGUCAUUGGUGGAGAUGUCUCUCAGAGAUUUCUGUCGCGAGCCGUUGAAAAUGUUGAAAAUGUCAACAAAAAGAGAGCGGAAAAGGAAAAAGGCGAUGUUGCAGCAGACCUCAUGCACUGGGAUGCAAAGAGGCUGCCUCUGAGGAAUAGCUGUGUAGAUGUGUUUAUCACCGACCUGCCAUUCGGAGUGAGGAUGGGAUCUUUUGCCAAGAACUGGAAGCUGUAUGCUGACUCUAUGGAGGAAAUGGCUCGAGUUUGUACCCCUAAAACAGGGCGAGUUGUACUCCUAACACAGGACCAGAAGUGUAUACAUAAGACCAUGGCCAUGUUUAGUAAGUUCUGGACAAGAAAGUCCACCAUAGGCAUCAACCAGGGGGGCAUAGCGGCAGCAGUGUACGUCCUGGUCCGCACUGCCGAGGCAUACCACAGAGGUAUACAGAACACAGAAGUAGAUCCGUCCACCAGCAUGAGCAAAGGGGAGGAAACACAAGUGAAAACUCAGCAGGACAAAUGAGGCAUUGUCAACAUUCUUAGAGGGAAUAAACUGAUUUCAUCAGACGUGAAUAGUAAUUCCUUCAUCACACAUUGAGGUUUCCUUUCGCAUGAAGCAUUAUAAGAGAAAGUGGUACAAGGUUAAAUAACCAGUUUGAUGCCAUAGGUUAUCCUAGUCUAAUGUCAACAUUUAGGUAUAUAUAAUUUUAGAUUAUGAUUAUAAGCUAACAAAACUUUAAAGGUUUGAGUGUUGCUUCAACUGUUAUGUAGUGUGGUGAGAGUGUGAAUAGAAAUUGUAUCAGUUUUGCUUUGUACAAUAAAAGAUGUCUUGUUUUGGGAAACUCUAU